AUGAUAUUCUUCAUGGUUAUGCCAGCAUUAAUCGGAGGAUUUGGAAAUUUCUUAAUGCCUUUAAUGAUAGGAGGACCUGAUAUGGCAUUCCCUAGAUUAAAUAAUAUUACCGGAUUACAAAGUCACAGUGGACCUAGUGUAGAUCUUGCAAUUUUUGCUUUACAUCUAUCAGGGGUAAGUAGUUUAUUAGGAUCAAUAAACUUUAUAACUACUGUAGCUAAUAUGAGAACACCUGGAAUAAAAUUACAUAAACUAGCUUUAUUCGGAUGA